CCCCCUCGCCGGGCACUUCCUCGUCCCAGCCCCUUCCCCGUCCCAGCCCCUUCCCUGGAGGAGCUACUGGAGAGCUGCGGCGCCGGAGCCCGGCCUGGUCGCUACCUAGUCCGUGGACCUGGGGCUGGACCGGGAGAGUGGGGCGCUGUCCCUCAAGGCCCUCAUCCUCAGCCAGGCGGGCACCACGGCAGGGGCUGAGCCACCCUCAUGGAAGGGAGAGGACCUUACCGGAUCUACGACCCUGGGGGCGGCGUGCCUCCAGGAGAGGCGUCUGCAGCUUUUGAGCGCCUAGUGGAGGAGAAUUCCCGACUAAAGGAAAAAAUGCAAGGGAUAAAGAUGUUAGGGGAACUUCUGGAGGAGUCCCAGAUGGAAGCGUCCCGGCUGCGGCAGAAGGCAGAGGAGCUGGUCAAGGACAAUGAGCCGCUCCCCCCGCUGUCUCCCACAUUGGCCUCCUUUGACCACCUGCCCGAGCUCACAGGAAAAGAUGCGAAUGUCCCAGCACCCCCUACCAGCCCUGCACACCCCAGUGACAAGCCAGAGCCCGUCCAGAAACCUCCGUCCAGUGGCACCUCGUCCGAAUUUGAAGUGGUCCCUGCCGAGGAGCAGAGCUCUCCCCCGCAGAGCAGCGGCCGCACCAGAAACACAGUGGAGCUGGGCCCCCUGCCCCAUGAGGACAGCAACCUGAUGCUGCACCUGCAGCGCCUGGAGACCACCCUGAGCGUGUGCGCAGAGGAGCCAGACCACAGCCAGCUCUUCACACACCUGGGCCGCAUGGCCCUUGAGUUCAACCGGCUGGCCUCCAAGGUGCACAAGAAUGAGCAGCGCACCUCCAUCUUGCAGACCCUGUGUGAGCAGCUCCGGAAGGAGAAUGAGGCUCUGAAGGCCAAACUGGACAAGGGCCUAGAACAGCGGGACCAGGCUGCUGAGAGGCUGCGGGAGGAGAACAUGGAGCUCAAGAAGUUGCUGAUGAGCGGCGGCAAAGAGGAUGCCUGCGGGCAGCUGGGCUCACCCAAGGUGGAAGGCACGGGCAAGAAGGGAGUAGCCGGACAGCCACAGGCUGGUGUGGCAGCAGGCAAGAUCCCAGAGGUGGGAGCCUUGGGUGCAGCUGAGAAGAAGGUGAAGAUGCUGGAGCAGCAGCGCACAGAGCUGCUGGAAGUGAACAAGCAAUGGGACCAGCACUUCCGGUCCAUGAAGCAGCAGUACGAGCAGAAGAUCACUGAGCUGCGCCAGAAGCUGGCGGACCUGCAGAAGCAGGUGACUGACCUGGAAGCUGAGCGGGAGCAGAAGCAGCGUGACUUUGACCGCAAGCUCCUCCUGGCCAAGUCCAAGAUUGAAGUGGAGGAGACUGACAAGGAGCGGCUGUCCACAGAGGCCAGGGAGCUGCGCCAGAUGGUCCGGCACCUGCAGGAUCAGCUGAGCCCUCUGACCCGGCAGCGGGACUACCAGGAAAAGGAGAUCCAGCGGCUCAACAAGGCCCUGGAGGAAGCACUGAGCAUCCAGGCCUCCCCAUCCUCUCCACCAGCAGCCUUUGGGAGCCCCGAGGGAGCUGGGGGCCUCCUCAGAAAACAGGAGCUGGUCACGCAGAACGAAUUGCUGAAACAGCAGGUGAAGAUCUUUGAGGAGGACUUCCAGAGGGAGCGCAGCGAUCGGGAGCGCAUGAAUGAGGAGAAGGAGGAGCUGAAGAAGCAGGUGGAGAAACUGCAGGCCCAGGUCACCCAGUCAAACGCCCAGCUGAAAGCAUUCAAAGAUGAAGAGAAGGCAAAAGAAGCCCUUAAACAGCAGAAGAGGAAGGCAAAGGCCUCGGCGGAACGCUACCACGUGGAGCCCCACCCGGAGCACCUCUGCGCCGCCUACCCCUAUGCCUACCCGCCCAUGCCAGCCAUGGUGCCACACCCCGGCUUCGAGGACCGGUCCCAGAUCCGAUACCUCCCGCCCCCCAUGCCCAUGGAGCACCCGCCCCCACUCCCCAACUCGCGCCUCUUCCAUCUGCCAGAAUACACCUGGAGGCCACACUACGGAGGGAUGCGCAAUCAGACCUCCCAAGUGACGGACUCGCCUGCGGCUCGGCCCGCAGAACCAGACUCCACAAAAAAUGACCACAAGGGGCCUCAAUGAGACCAGAGUACAUCACUUGGCUCCACCUUCGUCUUGCAGAGCCAGCAGACUUUGGAUUACCAAAAACCUAGAAGUCCCGUGCUCUGUGUGGCCGGAGUGUCAGCCGACAAGAAGCUGAGAUGGGCCACCAGCUUGCGCCCCAGGCUCCAACCCGAACUGUUCGCAGACUGGGGAGGGUCUGCCCAGAAGGCUUCCAUCCGGGCCCUGCCUUCGGCGUGACUGGAAAAAACUCGCUAUCCUGCCCCCAAGUGGAGAAAGAACCUGCCGUCCUUGGUGGGAUCUGCCAGGAGACGUCAAUCUCAAGAGCGGGAUGCAGCUGAGACCCCUUUUUCCCCAAAACGGCCCCAGAAGUGGGCCAGCCCCUGUGGGAACCACAUUCAGUACUUGUGUGUCUGACUUUCGCUUCAAGCCCUGUAGUCGCAGACCUAGACCACACCCACCCCUUCCCCUCUGCAAGGACCCGCGGGAAGAGUAGGUUUGCCUCUGGGAACAGAAGAUCACGACUGGAUAUUCCACUGCAGGGCCUUCCACCCCCGCCCGGGGCAGCCCUGUUUGUGCCACCGUGGCCUGGGAUGAAGGCCACGCCGGCCACACCAGCCAGGUGGCCCCGGCCUGGAGCCGCCAGGCCCUCUGCCCCACCACGGGAGGUUUGUGGUGCUGGAGGCCCGGAUCGGGGUGGCCGUCCUUCCCUGGGCAGCUCUUUGCACGAAAGAUAUAAAUCAAGUGGAAGACUC